AUGGCGGAGUCAAGUUCCUCUACACCAGAGUUUUCAGUAGAACAACAUACUACACCUGAGUACAAAAAUUGGCUUGCCUUAGGACAUGCUUUAACAACAGUACUUUGUCAUGGUCUUCGCCCAUUUAUCAACAGAGAGAUGAACGCUUUCUAUACAUACGCGACUGCAACACUUGCAGCAGCUGUUCCUUGUUCUUGUGUCGUCGUCGCAGGAAGAAGACCAAAUCAGUACCAUGACAUAAGAAGCUGUGCAUGGGCCAACUUCCUGCAAAGUCAUCAUCAUAAAGGCAGGCCAAACUGGAAACAAAGUGAUCCCGCAAAGUGGAGAGAUCCAGUCUUGGGUCCUUGGGAGAUAGCCAAACUCUUUCUUCCAGAUCUGGGAGGACACGCCGUAGAGAGCGUAGAUGAUAUGGACGUCACUGGAAUCUUGAACCUGAUGGACUGGUGUGAUCACUUUCGAUCAAUUCCUCGAACACUGAUCGAAGACGUCCGUGAUAUUCGGAAUCACAAGUGGGUACAUGUGCCGAAGCUGGAGUUGACCGAAGCGGACAAGGCAAACGCCUUUGCAUCCAUAGAAAGUUUUCUUCAGGUUCCUUCCUUAAUUCACGACCAAGAUGCUCAAAAAGCUCUACGUGAGAUCCAGACACUCAAAUGUGUGUCAGACUUAAACAAUUUUCAGGUCCAAGUUCUAAACCAAUAUAAAGAAAUAAUAGAAGAAAAAAUCCUGGAAUUACAAAGAAAGGUCGAUGAAGAGUCCAGAAACUUGCAAAACUUAAAAGAUAUGUUAAUAGUCAUAAUCACCAUUCCAAACCUUGUUAAAAGUGGUGCUCUGACUUUGUUCAACAAGCUGAUCAAGUGCACUAGUGCAAUGCGGAAACAGCGGUUCGCACCAUUGCUGAUGAUACUGUUGCUGUGUAGUUGUAUCACCGUUCUCGAUCCAAGGUCAUACAAAGACGGAGAGUAAUGCACCGAGUUUUCCAUUUUAAGAUUGCAAUUCACGAAAAUUAGCCCUAAAGUUAAGGUACGUAGUCAUCGAAUUAACGUGGGAGAGCAUUGCGCGUCGAGAAACUGAACGGUUACGUAGGAGACUAACGGUAAGGCCGUGUACAUGAAUUCUUGGCUGCUCAGUGAAGAUAUAAAUCUAUGUUUUUGUUAGCAUAGAAUCCCGCAAAGUUAGGAAACGAUAAAAACAAAAGUUAAUCAAACUGAUGUUCACUACAAAAAUAUCAUAAAAACGCCAUAAGAAUGUAAUAAGAAGACACAACUUUGAUCACCUUCCAAAUAUCUCAAAAUGCAUCUCCUUAAUGGAACGACCUGAUUUUAAUGGGAGUUAUAGAACCACCACCUCGUUAGUGCAGGCAUCUUGGUAAUUUUGUAAGAGGUUGCCUCGGUAUCCGUUUGGUACCCGCACUAGGAUGUCCCAAAUAAGAAUUGCCUUCUAUUGACCUAUUAAUUAUACCUUGCACAAGAUAAAAGGGAAAUAGUCUGCUCCUUAGCUUUCAUACUUCUUAUCUAGUGUCACACUACAGACGUUUCAUUGGAGAUCCCAGUAGAAUAAAACCCUGAGAUGUUUACCAGUACAGCAUGGGGUUAUAAUAUACGUGUAAUGAAACGGUCCGUGUUGCUUCAUUCCAGCUAUUGUGUUGACUAUUCAACUUUACAGGGUGUCCUGCGGAAACAGGCGGAGUUCCAAUCGACACCAAAGAUAUCAGCAUGACGGAGUACUUGAAAACAGCUAGCGGGGAAACCUUCAUCGGGCGCCAUUGGUUGUAUAGAGAGGUCGAAGAUUCGCUUAAGGAUGAUAACGUGGCCGGGGUGCUAGUGAUAGGAAAUCCUGGUGCGGGUAAAUCCGCUUGGGCCUCUCAGCUCAUUUGUUCUCGAACAACAAGCUCUACAAUCCAUGCUCAUAUUCUCGGUUACCACUUCUGUAAGUACUCAGACAAAAAUACACAAAUGGCAGGAAAGUUUGUUCGCAAUUUAGCGGAGAUGAUAGCCCGCAGGUUCCCUGAGUAUGGUUAUCUCGUUUCUAGUAGUUCUUACAUUCAACGCUCUUUUGAUCUGGACUGUAUCCAGAAUCAGGAUCCUGUGGGUUGUUUUGAGCAGAGUAUCCUUACUCCGCUGAGAAACCUAAAAAAUGAACCGACAAGCAACUGGUUUAUCAUAGUGGAUGCCCUAGACGAGUGUCUUUCACAAGGUGAAACAGGUCAAAGCAUUGUUUAUCUCCUAAACAACAAAAUUAAUCGGUUUCCACAUUGGUUAAAGCUCAUCAUGACUUCACGAAAUGAAUCUGAAGCCUUACUGCAUUCAACAAAAGUAACGAAUCUAGUCAUUGAUCCCGAAGAUUCUAGAAACCUGGAGGACAUUGAAAUUUUUGUGAUGACAAAACUCUAUCAACCUAGUCCUUUACUGCACCGCAUAACGUCCUGGUUCGGAGAUGACAGUAUCGAAAGUACAACAAAGGUGGCAGCUGCAUUACUUAGCAAAAGCCAAGGAAACUUUCUGUUCGUUAAAGAGUUGCUUAACCAUUGGGAACACUCGAGACACGAAUUAGGCAAUGAAUAUGCCUUGCCAAAAUCUUUGGGAGACCUCUACUGCAGUUACUUUGAAAGACUUUAUCCUAGGCAAAGAAACUUUAGUCCUGCUCGGCGUGUUUUGGAAUUAUUGGUUUCGACGUUUGAACCACUUGCUGAAAAAGAAAUCUUUGAAGUACUCAGAAUGAAAGAGAGUGACCUACACAAAGAAUACGAUUUCAAAAAUAGAUUGAAAGAGCUAGGACACUUUCUGAAAUACGGAGAAAACAAUACAAUCACGCUUUAUCACCUGUCACUAGCUGAUUGGUUAACUAACGAAAAUAACGAGAAGUUCUUUGUGAGUAAAAAGAAUGGACACGAGAUCUUCUGUGGCUACUACAUCAAUCUCAUAAAAGACGGGGAUAAAAGUACUCUGUUGAAAUAUAUUCUCUUUUUGGCCCAACACAUUGCAUUCGGCGGUUGGAAAGAAGCCUACAUCAAAGAAUUUUUAAAUUUUCCCUCCCAGACAGUCAAUUCGUCAGAUCCGCUUAGUAACAGAACUCUGCUGCAUUUGGCCGCGACAAUUAACAGUACAGAUGUUCUGAAACUGUUAUUACGACAUUUUAGCAGCAUUGAUGGCGUUGAUAAGCGUGGAUUUACACCACAUGAAUUCUUGGCUGCUCAGUGAAGAUAUAAAUCUAUGUUUUUGUUAGCAUAGAAUCCCGCAAAGUUAGGAAACGAUAAAAACAAAAGUUAAUCAAACUGAUGUUCACUACAAAAAUAUCAUAAAAACGCCAUAAGAAUGUAAUAAGAAGACACAACUUUGAUCACCUUCCAAAUAUCUCAAAAUGCAUCUCCUUAAUGGAACGACCUGAUUUUAAUGGGAGUUAUAGAACCACCACCUCGUUAGUGCAGGCAUCUUGGUAAUUUUGUAAGAGGUUGCCUCGGUAUCCGUUUGGUACCCGCACUAGGAUGUCCCAAAUAAGAAUUGCCUUCUAUUGACCUAUUAAUUAUACCUUGCACAAGAUAAAAGGGAAAUAGUCUGCUCCUUAGCUUUCAUACUUCUUAUCUAGUGUCACACUACAGACGUUUCAUUGGAGAUCCCAGUAGAAUAAAACCCUGAGAUGUUUACCAGUACAGCAUGGGGUUAUAAUAUACGUGUAAUGAAACGGUCCGUGUUGCUUCAUUCCAGCUAUUGUGUUGACUAUUCAACUUUACAGGGUGUCCUGCGGAAACAGGCGGAGUUCCAAUCGACACCAAAGAUAUCAGCAUGACGGAGUACUUGAAAACAGCUAGCGGGGAAACCUUCAUCGGGCGCCAUUGGUUGUAUAGAGAGGUCGAAGAUUCGCUUAAGGAUGAUAACGUGGCCGGGGUGCUAGUGAUAGGAAAUCCUGGUGCGGGUAAAUCCGCUUGGGCCUCUCAGCUCAUUUGUUCUCGAACAACAAGCUCUACAAUCCAUGCUCAUAUUCUCGGUUACCACUUCUGUAAGUACUCAGACAAAAAUACACAAAUGGCAGGAAAGUUUGUUCGCAAUUUAGCGGAGAUGAUAGCCCGCAGGUUCCCUGAGUAUGGUUAUCUCGUUUCUAGUAGUUCUUACAUUCAACGCUCUUUUGAUCUGGACUGUAUCCAGAAUCAGGAUCCUGUGGGUUGUUUUGAGCAGAGUAUCCUUACUCCGCUGAGAAACCUAAAAAAUGAACCGACAAGCAACUGGUUUAUCAUAGUGGAUGCCCUAGACGAGUGUCUUUCACAAGGUGAAACAGGUCAAAGCAUUGUUUAUCUCCUAAACAACAAAAUUAAUCGGUUUCCACAUUGGUUAAAGCUCAUCAUGACUUCACGAAAUGAAUCUGAAGCCUUACUGCAUUCAACAAAAGUAACGAAUCUAGUCAUUGAUCCCGAAGAUUCUAGAAACCUGGAGGACAUUGAAAUUUUUGUGAUGACAAAACUCUAUCAACCUAGUCCUUUACUGCACCGCAUAACGUCCUGGUUCGGAGAUGACAGUAUCGAAAGUACAACAAAGGUGGCAGCUGCAUUACUUAGCAAAAGCCAAGGAAACUUUCUGUUCGUUAAAGAGUUGCUUAACCAUUGGGAACACUCGAGACACGAAUUAGGCAAUGAAUAUGCCUUGCCAAAAUCUUUGGGAGACCUCUACUGCAGUUACUUUGAAAGACUUUAUCCUAGGCAAAGAAACUUUAGUCCUGCUCGGCGUGUUUUGGAAUUAUUGGUUUCGACGUUUGAACCACUUGCUGAAAAAGAAAUCUUUGAAGUACUCAGAAUGAAAGAGAGUGACCUACACAAAGAAUACGAUUUCAAAAAUAGAUUGAAAGAGCUAGGACACUUUCUGAAAUACGGAGAAAACAAUACAAUCACGCUUUAUCACCUGUCACUAGCUGAUUGGUUAACUAACGAAAAUAACGAGAAGUUCUUUGUGAGUAAAAAGAUUGGACACGAGAUCUUCUGUGGCUACUACAUCAAUCUCAUAAAAGACGGAGAUAAAAGUACUCUGUUGAAAUAUAUUCUCUUUUUGGCCCAACACAUUGCAUUCGGUGGUUGGAAAGAAGCCUACAUCAAAGAAUUUUUAAAUUUUCCCUCCCAGACAGUCAAUUCGUCAGAUCCGCUUAGUAACAGAACUCUGCUGCAUUUGGCCGCGACAAUUAACAGUACAGAUGUUCUGAAACUGUUAUUACGACAUUUUAGCAGCAUUGAUGGCGUUGAUAAGCGUGGAUUUACACCUGCGUUUUUGGCAGCACAGCAUGGACUUGUAGAUAACCUUGCACUGUUGGUAAAAAGAGGCGCCGAUGUGAAACAGAAAGCCCAGUCAAUCAUUGCAUUUUAUAAAGACAAGACAAGAGCCGUCUUUGAAGAAGUCAAAAGUGGUUGCUCUCAAUCAUAUUGUGGUCCCGUUACAGACAUGCCAUAUAAUCAGAUCCAAUCUGAAUUCCCUGAUUCCUCAAUGCUCCAUGCCGCAGCCCAAGGAGGACAUGUAAGCGUUGUUCGUUUUCUUCUUGCUAAAAAUGCUAAAGUUUCGGCUUUGAAUGGUGUUAACCUAACCCCAAUACAGUUAGCGGCAGAAAACGGGCAUCUUGAAGUUGUUAAAAUUCUGUACGAGGCAGGCGCAAUAGCAGAUCAAACCGCUCUACAUCUCGCAACUGCAAACAAUAGAUUGCAAGUAGUGGAUUUCCUCUUAAACGCUGGUGUCAAAGACGAAUGCCCAAGAUGUGAUGGCUACUUUUACUGGCUGGAUCAAAUGUCAGAAGGACGAAGUCGAUUUUAUGAUGACAUACAUUUAAUUUUAUGUCAAUCUUCUCUUCACACUGCUGUUGCCUCAGGAUACGAGAAGAUAGUUUCUCGCCUUCUUUCCGAAAAAAAAAAUGCACUAAAUUGCUAUGAUUAUUCUGGGAGGUCUCCACUUCACGAAGCCGUUCGAAAAAACCAAAGAAAAAUUGCUGAUAUUUUGCUUGGGAAGCAACCGCAGCUGAUACACUACAAGUGUAAACACUGGCAAAAAGUCGACUCAUCAGAGCUUAAUUAUAGGGAACGAACUGAAUACAGUGGAGAUGUAUGUCAUUGUGGCUACACUUCUCUCCAUCUUGCAGCAAGGUAUGGCCACCGGCAAUUGGCGAUAUCGCUUAUUAGAAAAGGUGCUCGUGUUAAUGACCGUGACUGCAGCGGAGCGACAGCCCUUCAUGUGGCUGCUUGCCACAGUCAUAGUGGCUUGAUUCAUUUAUUUUCUCAACGAACUGUCGGGGGGGACAUUAACGCCAAAACUCUAAAUGGAUCUACACCUCUUCAUAUCGCUGCGGCUUGUGGAGCAGUCGAGGCAAUUAAUCAAAUCCUCUACAAGGAGGCAGACCCGUCGGUUGUUGAUGAUUUUGGCCUGACGGCACUGCACUACUCAAUCCGAAAUAUCAAAUCGAGUGAUCUUAGUCGAAUAGUGUACCGCAAUGACAUCGCCGGUGAUGGAACCCUGAGGCCAGUUGUAACAGAUCGAAAGGGGCAUUUGUCUGGCUCUUUUUCAGACAAACAGCAAAUAAAAAGUACCGACCGUUUAAACUGGUUAGACAUCCUUAUAAGGUUAGUUUUUACAGGCACUAAUAUCGAUGCCGUUGAUACUAAAAGGCAAACAACAUUACACAUUGCUGCCCAGAAUGGAUUAGCUGACGCUGUUAACGUUCUUCUUCAGAGGAAAGCAUCACUGGAGAAAAAAGACGUUAACGGGAAGACACCACUGGCACUGGCUGUUGAAAAUGCGCCGCGUCCAACUGUACCAUUUCAUUUACGUUCUACUACACCUUUCUAUUUAGGGACUAAAAUAGAAGAUUUGCAAGGGGCUUUAAGCGAUUACGAGAUGGCCAUUUUUCUUCUUCUUCGUCGUGGUGCCUUGCUUGGGAAAUGCAAGCAGGCAGAAGGUGGCUUGCUACAUCAGGCAAUCCUUAACCAACAGCCUUACAUCGUUCAACUCCUAUUGCUAAAGGGAGCGAGUUUAAGAUGCAAAGAUAGCCUUGGGCGAACACCUCUUAUAACUUACCUUCAAACUGGCGGAAAAUUUAUAGAUGUGCUUCUCAAAAACUUUGUCCCGUUUGUUCCAGUUGAAUGUGGAAGACCUUUUAACUAUUCAGUGUAUCAUCUUUUAAGUUAUCGCACCCCGACAAUUAAAGAUGAUAAUUUUUUCUACGUCAAAAAAUGCAGCGGACAUGAUAACCUGGUUUGUGAAAUAAAAAAUGGUCCUCUCGCUGAAACUCUUGAACGUCACCCUAAAAGACAUAGCCUAUUAAGUUCCUGCGUUGACGCUGAGGGAUUUACACCGCUACACAGAGCAGUGCAAGGAAGCAAUCUAAUAGCAGUUCGCUAUCUCCUUGCAAAUGGAGCGAAUUAUUCUGUUUUAAACCCCGAUGGACAAGAUGCUUUAACAUUUGCUGUGCUUUAUGCAGGGACUAAGAGGCGAUCGUGGGAAUUUCGCAGAGUUAGAGAAGGUGCUGAAAAAGAUAAAGUGAUACAGGCCGACGAAAUUUCAAUUGAUCUUCUUCGUUAUGCAGUUAAAAGACGGGGAUACCAAAUGGGAUGUGACUCUAGCAAGCCAGAACUUACUUUUUAUCACUUAGCAGCUUUUAAUGGUCUUGUGGAGUUUAUACAAGUAUUGUUCGAGGAGAGUGAUUUGCACGCCUUAGACGUGAACUGUCCUAAUUCAGACGGAAUAACACCAAUGUACCUGGCAAAACUUUUCGAAAAUAAUAACCCAAGUCAACGUUACGAUCGUUGGAGACAGAUCAUCAAGAUAAUUGAAGGACAUGGAGGCGAGAUGCGAUAUCCAAGGCAGGAUGCCGAAUAUCAUAUAAUGUACAGACGUUAUUAUGGGGAGUUUACCUUAGAAUUGAGACCUGCACAAUUCCGCUUUAUGGUGUCGCUUACAAGGUUAUAUCGAAGUGAGAGACCUAUGGUGCGUUGUUCAUUCGGUCUUCCUUUUAAGAUUCAAGAAAAAUUAAAAUCUCUUCAGUCUCUGCUAUCUUUGAUAGAAUUAGAAACAGCUAUGGGAGAGCUUCCAUAUAAACAUAAGUCGAGGUUCCAAAGAAACAUGAAACAGUGUUUAAGAGAACGAAGAUUACUAAAUCAAUACUUUUUGAAAAUUACAAAGAUCUCUUCGCCUUUUAUUGUUGAGGCUAUUGAGGACGAGAGAAAGAAGUUUCAAGAAAGAAUCCUCGCCGUAAUGCUGACGCGACACGUUCAACUUAAAUACUUUGCCUGUAUGAAAUCGUUGUAUUAUAAGUUAAAACCAUUUUUUGGUGCAAAAACUGCUCUGAAAACUCACCCUCGACAAUAUGAAGAAAAAUUUCCUUAUUUUUACCUUACUUCAAUCUGUGAAAAUAUCUCUUAUGUCUUAAGAAGUGCUUUUUACAACAAAAGAAGUCCAUUGGAUUUCACAUUUCAUUGGGACGAACUUUACGGUACUCCUAGUUUUGUCAGCGAGAGGCUGCAUACACUCUCGGGUAGCAGCACAGAUACCCUAAAUCUGUUUGGCCCCGAGUGGCCACUGGAGUUUCUUCUUAAACGUUUCCACGGUGUCUUUAGCCAGUAUGAUUAUCUGGGGACUCUUCAAUUUAAGAAUCCACUAAACGGUACCCACUUACCGACAUUCAAGUUCACGAAGAUAGGAUAG